UGAACUGUGUUUUAUAAAUGCAUCUGACCUGUUACUGUGGACGGUCUGAGAGCUGCGACACGUCCUGUGAUUUCAAAUGUACCGUCAACAUGACAUCACUGGCACACGCGCCCCGUCUGCGAGGAAACUGGAUGCCGACUGAUUGGUUGAUGAGUUAAAUCCCAGCGGGUUUGGGUGGUGCCAUAUCCUGAUCCUGUGCGUGUGGCUCAGCUGUUCGGACCACAGAGAACCAACUGGAAGCCGCUCAUUGAUUCACCCCAGCGCAGCCCGAGCGAACACAUUUAGCCUAGCUAGCUCGUCAUUCAGCCGGCUGGCGUUGCCGACUCUAAUGGCUCACUCGAAGCUUUGAAAGCUGCUCUUUCCCCCCCCCCCAAAAAUGUGAAACUGCGCCUUGCAGUUGUGCGAGCCAGCAGGGGAGUCAGACAAUCAUCAGUGGUGCAGCAGACGUAGUGGCUUUUCAACAAGGAUCAUGUGGUUGGCCUGGCCGUUCCUGCCCGCUCUGGUGCUUCUCUCCGAGCUCUCAGUGGUGAGGGUCCAGACUGCGCCGUGCCAGACCUGCCGAAAACUCACAGAGAGCUUCAUAAAGGGCUUGGAGAAUACAGCCAACAAGAACUUUGGGGGAGGCAACACUGCCUGGGAAGAGGAGAAGCUGGCAAAGUAUGCACGCAGUGAGACUCGGCUCCUGGAGAUCGUAGAAGCUGCUUGUGAAAAAACAGAUUUUGAAUGUAACCAGCUGCUCGAGCAGAUCGAGGACCAAGUGGAGACAUGGUGGUUCCACAGGCAGCAGGAGGCACCAGACCUGUUUGAGUGGCUGUGCAUUGAGGAGCUGAGGCUCUGCUGUCCACCAGGACGCUUUGGACCUGACUGCAAAGAAUGUCCAUCCGGCCCUGGCGGUGUGUGUGGAGGCCUGGGGCGCUGCGAGGGGGAGGGGACUCGCCUUGGAGAUGGAGAGUGUGUCUGUGAUCCCGGAUACUCGGGCCAUCUGUGCCAGAGCUGUGCUGACGGCUACUUCAGAGAGAAAAGCUCCAACGAUAGCACAGGCGCCUGCGCAGCUUGCUACCACUCAUGUAAGAAAUGUGCCGGGCCACAGGACUACAAAUGCCUUGACUGUAAGCCCGGCUGGAUGCUGCAUGACAACAAGUGCGUGGACAUUGAUGAGUGUGGCACAGAGCUGGCUCGUUGUCCUUCUAACACCUACUGUCACAACACAGAUGGAUCAUAUGAAUGCAGAGGCUGUGACCAGGCGUGUGUGGGCUGCAUGGGUAGUGGUCCUGCACGCUGUAAGAAAUGUUCACGUGGCUACAAAUUGAAAGGAGCUAAGUGUCUUGAUAUAGAUGAAUGUAAUGAACGUGCAAUAGCAUGCCCAGGACUCAAUGAGGCCUGCAUCAACGAGGAGGGCUCCUUCCACUGUGACUGUGCCGAUGGAUUCAUUAGAAGAGAUAGCAUUUGUGUUGAGAAUAAGCCUCCCGCUGGGCCAGAGAAGGGCCUGUUCGACGACAUAACAGACGAGGAGGUCCUUGUGCUGCAGCAGAUGUUCUUCGGCGUUGUAAUCUGCGCCCUGGCCACACUCGCUGCCAAGGGUGACAUGGUUUUCACGGCCAUUUUCAUUGGAGGUGUGGCUGCCAUGGCGGGAUACUGGCUGACAGAAAAGGGAGACAUCAUGCUGGAUGGAUUUCUGAAGGGACGCUAGACUGUCUGGGGCCACAACUUGAGAAAGGACCUUGGAAAUACCAGCCAGUAAGGGUGAAUAAGACUCAACGGUGGGCAGGAGAACAUCCCUGCAAUGCUAAGCUUUUCAGGGAUUUAUUUGGGGUUGGGGAGUUACUUGAAAGGGCUUGGGCUCACCUAUGUGGUCACAUAGGAUAAUGCAGGAAAAAGGGAGAACUUGAAGGCUUUGAUGCCAGGAAUCUUGAAGAGGAAUAGCAAAGCAACACUGCACUGAUAUAAAAGAACUGAACUUCCCCUACCUCAACUUUGUUGGGAAAAAGGGUGACACGAAGACCACUACUGAUUGUUAUAAUCUAUUAUGCAUUUGGAUGUCUCAUCUUGCCUCGAUGUUGCUCAAGAAAUGAUGUCGUUUUCUUCCACACAAUCAAAACCUCCUGUUAUCACCUCCAUCAUUUUUUCCCAUAAUCUCAAUGCGAUGAAGCAGAGGUUUCCCCAUUGACUGAAUGGUACGUAAGUUUUGGCCGUGCCAGGUUACUGCAUCACCUAAGCUUUUUUUUAUUUUUUGCAUUGGGCAUGGGGUUUGAUAAGGGAAUUUUAAGUAUAUCCUCAAUCACCCCAAAAAGAAAAUUCAUGGAAACUCUGGGAUAUUUCCAUUAUGAUCCAUUGGUUAUUUAUGUUCACAGAAUGACUUUUUACCUCCUUACUCACUGGAUGAAUCUUUUUAGUAACAAUGCAUGAAAAUAGGAUUUGAAAUGUAAGGUACUACACUGUAUGUAUUAAUUUAUUGUCUAACUUGGGCAUGGAAGACAGCUGCUGGAUCAUGAUCAUUAUUGCUAAUGACCAUUUUUAUGAGGAUAUGAGGAAAUGUGCUUGGAUAAAUACCAGCUCUUAUGUGGACAAUUAAAGCCAUUUUUUGUUGCCUUUCUAUUAUUUUAAAGCAAUAUUUAUUGGGAAGAUAUUUAUCAUAUUUUGCUCUUGAAAGUUCCUCUGUGUAUUUCAUGUGUGCAUUUUCAAUGCAGUUUUUUUUUUUUAAUCUGCUGAAUUGUAAUUCUGGCAGAUAUAGUAGCAUCAUGUUAGAAAACCACCGAAGAAUCACUUCUUACCCAUCCAUUGAAUUUAUCUUUGGUUUGUUGUCCAUUAUACAUCACAGAUUCUUUCAGAUUGGUUUACAAUAAAAAGUCUGUCACUCCUCA